AUGCCCUCCUUGUCCCAGGGGCUUCGGAAUAGCGGUGUGGGUCCACAAACACUCAUGCCCUCUCACUCAGCAGAAAAAUGCCAGCCCUGGAGGGUUGAACUAAAUGGAACAUUCCGAAGUUCAAGUUCAGUGGGAGAGCCGCAGGGAACCAGCAGGUCUGGACCGACAGCAUUAUUAAUGAACUUGAUAACAUACGUCCAUUUAAAAUGGAGCCGGACAGCUUUCGUUUCAGGAGUCGGCCGCUCUCAUCAGGGCUUGUUAGGAUUUCAUUUAUUUCAAUGGAAACAGCUGGAGAACUUAUAUUUCCGUGAAAAGAAAUUUGCCGUCGAGGUUCAUGACCCUCGCAGGCUUUGGGGCACCCCCACCCACACCGUUCCCACAGAGUUCCUGAACUCCUCGGUGCUUCCUCCGUAUCUCCCGCUGCCUGGACUAGUUGAAUCCUAUCCAUCCUUCAAAGAUCCUGCCUUACAAGAGCUGGAAAGCAAUUUUGUCAUCCAGCAAAAACUGGUGGAAGCUGCCAAGAAGCUUGCCAAUGAGCCAGACCUCUGCAAAAAUGUAAAAAGAAAGCGGAAGCAAGACUACGCGGAUGCCGUGAAGAAGCUCCAGGAGAUUGAGAAUGCGAUCAACGAAUACCGAAUUACAUGUGGCAAGAAACCGAGUCAGAAGGCGACUCUCAUUUUACCAGAAGAUAUAAUCCCAUCUGAAAGCAGUUCUUUAUCAGAUACAACAACCUAUGAUGAUGCCAACGACUCCUUCACCCUCCCUGCCCAGCGGUCCAGUUCAGUUCCGCAUUCUCCGAGAAUUCCUCCACCCAAGUCUCUUGGUCUGGAAAGAAUCCGCUUCAGGAAGUCUUCCAUUAAUGAGCAACUCAUGGAAGGCCGACAGUCUAGAGAAAUAUUGUCGACACACAGCAGUCCCUAUAGGACUCUGGAGAGACGUCCCCAGGGGGGCAGAAGCAUGCCGACCACCCCUGUUCUCACCCGAAAUGCCUACAGCAGUAGCCAUUUAGAGCCCAACUCUUCUCCACAGCACUGCCGCCAGCGGAGUGGAAGCCUGGAGUCUCAGACCCAUCUGCUCUCUGAGCUGGAUGGUGACAAGCCAUUCUUUUCCCUUUCCAAAUCCCAAAGAAGUAGCAGCACAGAAAUCCUGGACGACGGCUCUUCCUACACGAGCCAGUCGAGCGCAGAAUAUUACUGUGUGACGCCCAGCGCCGGCCCAUACUACACCACACAGACUCUUGACACGCGCACAAGGGGCCGAAGGAGGUCCAAGAAGCACCACGUCUCGACUUCCAACUCCGGGAGCAUGCCCAAUCUGGCCCCGAAGGACAUGAGGAACGGUGGCUAUCCAAAGAGUCACGAACAGCCCUCUUGCAACUACUUUAUCUCCGGGUACCCGCCCUACGCCGAGUGUGAUCUUUAUUACAGCGGAGCAUACGUUUUUGAGAAUGACACCGAGGGGCAAUACAGUGUGAACCCUUCCUAUCGCUCGUCGGCGCAUUACGGGUACGACCGACACAAGGAGUACAGGUCCUACCAUGAGGACGAAAUGGACCGGGUGCCCCACAACCCAUAUGCAACUCUCCGACUGCCCAGGAAGGCACCCGUGAAAUCUGAGCACAUCACCAAAAACAUUCACAAAGCCUUAGUAGCAGAGCACCUCCGGGGCUGGUACCAGCGAGCCUCUGGACACAAGGACUUGGGUCAUGGCUUGCAGGCAAGCUUUGAUUCUGACCGAGGCUCCCAGAGGAGUCUGGGGUUCGCUCCUCUGCAGGUGCCCUGCUCCCCAAGCAGUCGAGCUUCUUCCUAUACUUCAGUGUCUUCCACAACUGCAUCUGGGAACUGGAGGACACAGAUAACAUUGGGGCUGGCUGAUCCUCUCUCACAUUCUUCCUAUACCAGCUGCUAUGGCAAUGUCUACAGUCCUUUGCCACCUCCAAGCAGACAGUACGCCGAGGCCAGUCAACUGGACUGUACAGAUGGGAGCCGGCUGGAAAACGACCUGGACAAUAACGAACAGAGGCUCUAUUGGCACGAAGAUUCAAAACCUGGAACAUUAGUCUGAACUGCCCCCAGGACCACUUUUGUUCAAGCUCUGCAUUCUAACCCCAGUGUGCCUUGCCCAGUGUGCUGUUCUUCUGAAAAGGACAUCUUCAGAGAUUCCCCAAACAGCAAAAGCUGAAGGAGACUCAAGUCUUCAGAGCCCACAGACACCAGGUUUUUUUCAUCUUUUCUUUUAAAGAGAACCAAGUACCACCACCACCUAAAAGCCCUAAACUUGUUCUUCAAACUCCCAAGUGAAGAUGACCGAGUGAGCUUGGGCCGUGGUUCGAUGGCAGUUUUUGUUGUUUCCCACCCCCCACCCCCCUUUUAACCCUCAACAAGAUGUGGUACUUGGUUGAAGUAUUUAUGUUCAGCAAGCACUUUUUAGGUGUUGUCGGCUAAAGCUCAGAUCAAAAGGGGGGACUUUUUUCAAGAGAAAGUGGGAUUUUCAGAGCACAAUUCAGAUGGAUAAAUUGAAGAAAAGCAACACUUGACAUUUUUCCAGGCAUGAGCUCACAAUGACAAACGUAUGGAUUCAUGAGUUUAGGAAGUGUCCCAUACUGGCAUGUGAGGACUGGCAGAUUUUAGACAGUAUUGGAAAAUUUACUUGAAGGAAGGCUGGAUUUUUUUGGAGGUCUGAAUGGGUUUAAACGUGUUUAGGGUGACGUACAGAGUGAUGUUUUCAAGAGCACCGUGAAGUGGAUUCUGGGGAGGGAGGGAGGGAAAGAGGUCCAGACGAGGCUCGGGAGUUGCUAUAGCAGCCCAAAAUAGGACUUUCUUCAUGGUAGCCCAAAUGGGAGAUGGAGCAAUAUGUCGAAUUAUUUAUAAAUGUGCUUUGUACAUUUCCAAAGGUACCAUUUCACUGUGCUGAUGAGCUCCACACACAUGGUGAACUACUGUUCGGUUGCUAAUGAUCCCAUUGGGCCGCCAUUCUUCUUGGCCACUGGGCUAAGGAUUGCUCCCAUGGUCAUAACGUUUUAAAGAGAACACACUGUGAUGGCCAGUAUUUUAAGGCGAUGCAAAAAACAGAAACCAACACCCAGAAUAACCGUGCCUUACGAUUGUGGGCAUUAGGAUUGAGCACCAUUAUCUGAUCCCCAGGUGUGAUUCCAGGUCACUGAGUGACAUCCAUAAGAGUGCUCCUAAAAAAAACAAUAAAAAAGAGUUCCGUGAUGCAGUUGAUUGAAUUAUGAGGCUAAAAGCUACCUCGUAUUUUCUUUGGAGGAACAAAUUGUGAGUCAAUGCAGGAUUUUUCAGAAGCGCUCACUUUCCUUGUUCGUAAAAAGGAUUCUUGUUUCUCAUCCCGUGCUGUGCUUCAGAAUCCCAUCAAAGGUGCUCUGGCGUCUUCUUUUUUUUUUUUUUUUCUUUUUAUACAGAUGAUUAGUAACUCCUUGUGUAUAUUGUGAAUAGAAACGUUUCUGAUCAACUUUUUGGAACAUUUUUUUACCUAUAUCCCAAAGCAUGUAAUAUAUACAUAAAGAUGGUUUUGUUAAACUGGUC